ACACGUGAUACCGCCAAAAGUGCUUUCCACCCCCUCACAUAACUGACAUCGGCCGUCCGUGGAUCCAACGGAAGGAUUUUGAACGUUGGAGAAUGCGUAACGCUGAUUGGCUAUUGAGCUCGGGGGUCGAUCGUAUAAAGGGACGCCGGGUCGCAACGAGCCUCACAGUACCGCUUCGACUGUGAACGCGAUAGGAAUUGGAUCGUCUAUUUUACAAAGCUCCUUUAUCUUUUGCAACAAUUACAUUCGAAUGUCUUUUCAAGCGCUAACGACAUAAUCGACGUUUGGUAAUAUCCAUCGACAGACGGGACAAUUCGGGUGCACGAUCUAUGCCUAUGAUUGUGCAGUAGGGCAUACUCUUCUGGACCACUUGUCUGGCGCCAACCACCCCUAUUGUCUCGCGAAGGCCAAGCUGUAAAUCUUCGUUGCUUAUACCGUUUUCUUGAAACGACGUUGCGACACAACCUUCCAGUGUUAGUGGUAGCUUAUUCGAUGAGACGAAUGAGCGAUCGUGGCGGAGAAGGAUCAGGACCAGCUCCUCAGCUAGAUGGCCGAAGACAUUCGGUCGUUACAAUUGAAAGAGUGUCACCGACUUCGUUUGGUCGUAAUCGUCAGUUGGACAUUAUGGACGACAUCGCAGACCUAAAAGCGAGGAAGGUGCGCUUAAGGAUGUACAGGACGUCGACGGAGCAAGUGUACGAAAUACAGCCGCUGGAGGGUAACAGUUCCACUCAACGUUACACUCAACAGCUGAAACAACGAUUAUCUGAAAUGCCUACUCCGUCGGUUUCGCCGACGUCUUCUCCUCGAAAGCGCGUCUCGGAACUGCCAAGAGCCGCGAGUGCAUCCGUUUCCGGUGCUGCGGGCAUUGUCUGCUCUAAUACGGAUCUGAUGUCGAUCCUAAGUUCGUUAGCGUCUUCCACGACGGAAAUCAACCGAUGCGGCGAGGAAGCGCCGAGUUCGCGGGACGAUAGCAAAUCAAACUGGCCCGAAAAAACGACUGAACAGAAAGGAAGUCAAUCGAAGAGUUUCCGUUCCAACAGCUUCGACGUGUCGACAUUGCACGGAGCUAAAAGUGAGCUUAGCGGAUCCUCGAAAGCCGCUAUUUCGACCUUUAUGGCACCGUCGAAUUGGUUUACGAAGAGACACCAACCGAUGUCGAAGAAGCCGGAAGAUUUAGGAACGGCCAGUUUAAGUCUUAGAUUCGAUAAAUCGAAGGUAGUGAAGGCGGUGAAGAAAACGUUGGGUAAAAAGUCCCCUAAUAGCGAGGUCGAACACAAAGUCGUAUGGGACAACACUAGUGGAACCAAAGUGGACGCUCAGGUAUUUGGUAGCGCAAUUGAGAAGAUGUUAACGGCGAAAAAGGGAGACGAUACGGGGGCUUCCGGGUCGAGUCGGAAAGCUGGAUAGAUGACUGACAAUCUGGUGUAAUUCAAAUUAACGAGCUAUACUUUCCUUGUACUUUCUUAUUGCUAUACCUCUACAAUAUUCUUUUAUCGUAUCUGUCGAUUUUAAUCUCACACAAAUAUCUAAUAAAUGUGUAUACAGUAGUU